UCUCUCUCUCCAUAGCUGCAGACAGAAACAGACUGGUUCAAACACAACUCUGCUGUACAUAUAUCUACACAGGGAGCUGCUUUCACAUGGACACAGAAGCAUUAGAGACUUCGUAGAAAAUAUAAUUAGUUUGUACUUACAUUUUGUUGGACUUUUGUUUAUUUGUGUGUGUAGGUGUUGUAGGAUCUGGGAUAAACAUGCCGAUUAGGACAGUGAUUACGCAUGCUAAGAAACAUCCAGGGCUCAUCCCUCAGUUCUUCUUCUUGGUACUGGGCAUGGCUGGGGCUUCCUGCUAUCUGAUCCGUCUGGCCAAGGGACCCCAUGUCAGCUGGAACAGAAAGAACAAUCCUGAGCCUUGGAACACAUACGGUCCAAACUAUCAGUACAAGUUGGUGGCCGUCAACACGGACUACAAGGCUCUAAAGAAGGAGGGCCCUGACUUCUAAAGGUCCUUCAGGCAACUCCAGGGGCACCACGUUUGGCAGGACCUCCUGUCAUCCUAGUGGCAGUGUGGGGCCAGCCUGAGCCUCGCUCCAUCGUGUUCUCGGUCUGCCUCCUCCGCUGCCUCUUAACCAUACACACUACGUGACUAUAGUGGAAAAAAAAACUACUUUCAUUUUCUGACACAACCCGGAAGUCAUGCAUCCGUCUCCAAACAGCUGUGUUAUAUUAGCCGUCUCCUCUUCUCACACACACUACAACACUGUUCAUUAUAGCCAUCUUUUCACAAUGCACAACCAUCAAGUGACUGAACAGCCUCUUUCAACACACAACACUACUGUUGUAUACAUCUCUGUACAUGCAAUGUCACCUUCUCUGUAAAAUGUACAACCCUCUCCAACCCUAAAGUGAUGGAAGCUUGAAAACAAAUGCAUUAAAAGAUGACAUGGAA